GUAACGAAACAGCUGAAGCUGGACCUGACCAACGGUUUCGAGCACAGUAACACCGGCGCUCUCUGUUUCGAAGUGCUGACAUUCCUUGUUCUGAACGUGACGUUUCAUUUCGACGGCGAGAGCGCGGAUCUGAGGCUCCCCGCGAAGAAUUGGUUCUUCCAGGAGCAGAACGACGCAGUCGGGGAGUUGGUGACGUGUUUGGCAAUGAGCGUGGCGGACGGCGGCCGCAUUUCGGAAGCUGGGAAACUUGGGAACUUUCAGCAGCAAGAUAUGCAGGUGGCUUUUGAUCUAGCUAAGGAGACUGUUUCCUUUGUGUUAACAUAAGCUCGAUUUCCCCUUCCAUCUACUAAUAGUCUUAUCCCCUCCGUAUUAAGUGCUGCUGCUCCAUUUAACUCAUUAGUACUACCUACUAAUUAAAUGCUGUUUGCUUGCUUCAUACUCGAAAAUCUUAAGAUUAAAUUUGAAGAUCGUUAUCAUAUAAUUAGACAUGAACUCACGAUGGAUGAAUGAACUAGAAUAAAUCUUUUAUUACUUCUGACUUCUUUGGUUAUGAGAUUCUCGAUACAUAGAGAGAGGUCUCUUAAUUAUAUUUUGUUGUUAUUUCAUACGGAAUAUGCAUAUAUAUAGAGAUAGAGAAGAGAAUUGUGAAAUUCUAGUCCCAGUGGCGGUCCUGAAAACGCGACCAUAGGCACAUUAUUUUAUUUUUUAUAAUGUGUGAGAAGUUGAGUUUCCGACCCUUUAAUUAAAUUUCUCUAGCCCAAAUGGCCAGUCCAAGAAAAGAAAAUCACGGACCAAUAGGCUAACUAAUAUGGAGUCGUGAAAACACUUUUUUGUUGAAGUUUAUCAAAUGUGACUGAUAAAAAUAGACACCUUUUCAUAUUGUUUAGUAAGAUUUGCUCAAAUAUUGCAUCUCUUGUAACUCUCAAAAUUCUAGUGAUCAAAAAGAUGUGCAGAAGGACAGUGGUGAAGGGGAGCAGCACGCAGCCACGCCCAGGCUGGGGAUCAGAGGUUCAUUUUAUGUCUAUCAGACUACAACCAAACUUUUGUUUCGUUUCAUCUUUGAAGAAAAACAAAAGGGAGUGUUAUACAUAUAUGAAUCUGUUGAUCAAUAAAUCUGGGUAAUCUGAUAAGUGACUGGCCUGGCCUAUUAAAAAAGGGCGAAGAAGAUGAAGAUCCCGGCAAGAAUGGCAAUCUGAACCCCCAAGCCGCCGAUUCUCACAGCGGCGCUCUCCAAAGCAAUGGGGAACAGACAGUCAUUGGUGGACGCGUUUUUCUUUACAAUCUUGGCCAGUCCCUGGAAAUCGCAAGCCUCUACAUCCUGAUUGUUUACCUGGUAAUACAUAUUGAAGGCAUAUGAAGCCUUGUUCUUCGAAUCCAGAUUCGCGCACGACGAUCCGGCGCUCAACGCCGUGCAAUCCGACAGCGAGCAGGCGUACUGGAUGUUCGGUCCCAGCUCGCUCCGAUCAUCCACGUCGCCGUCGAACACGCACCACUGCGCCGGCAUGUACGGCACGUUCUUCGCCCCCACCGGAAGUCUGUCCUGCCCUUGCCCGGAGAAAUCGAUCGGGAAUUUCGGCUUCCCGUCGUAGCCGAAUAUCCCCCAGUGCCGCUCGAAAUCGCCCGGUGCCACGCUCUUCAUGUUCUCGUCGGUUAGGCUGAACAGAUAGACGUCGAUCUGGCCCGGAUGCAGGGGCGUCCCUUUCUUCGCCGCCAUUUUCUGGAGAAAUCCCCGGUAGAACUUCUCUGCCAAUUGGGCGUUCGCUUUGGCGUGGCCAUCCGUCGGCCACCCGAUCUCACCGACGAUUACUCUCACGCUUUCGCACCCGGCUUUCUUCAGCGACCACAUCAGCGUGUCCAGAUUCGCGUCGAACAUGUUCAUGUACGACACCCCUUUGUCGACGACGGGUUUGGCGCCGUCGUCGAAGAAGGCGAACUCGAUCGGGAAAUCUGGGUUCUGGUAGAGGCUGAGGAAUGGGUAAAUGUUGACGAGGAAGGGAGCGUCGUUGUCUCGGAGAUAACGACAGAUCUUGAUCAUCAGGUCCCUGAUGUCAGACCGAAAAUUGCCGGCGGACGGGCCGGCGGAACCAGAGUCGUAUACGUCGCCGUUUUGGGGAAUGGUAGCUUUGAUCUUGUCUCCGAGUCCGGCUUCAUUUAGAGCCUUUUGGAUGUUCUGUAACGCCGGGAACGUUGUCUUCAAGAAGGAGCCGUUGUAUGCCUUCAAGAACGGCUCGUUACCCACAGCGACAUACCUGUACAAGUUUUAAUCAAGUCAAUUACUCGCAACUACUAACCACAUCCACAUCCACAUUCAUGUUACGUAAAUAAAUGGAUUUUUAAUGAUACGUAGAUUGAAUCGUAAUUUUUUCAAAAUAAUCUUACACCUUCUAAAUUACAACAUU